AUGUGGAUGAAGGCUGGUGGAGAAUGCCUACUUGCAAUGGGAGCUUGUUUCAGAUGUAGCCAGCCUAGUCACAUGAUCCGAGAAUGUCUGCAGAACACACCUGGAGGAACCACGCCAGAAGGCAAGGUGAAAACCCAAGUGAAAGCCAAAGUUUAUGCAAUCACACUAGGAGAAGUGGAUCUGGAAAUGGACGAGGUGGCGGAUGCCGGAGUGAUUACUGGUAAGGUUAGAUUGAUACAACACGUGACGUAUGCUUUGUUUGAUUCUGGAGUUUCACGAUCUUUUGUAUACUACGACUGUGGUCAAAGGUGUAGGCUAUGUAUGGAACCUCUGUCUCGGAAAGUUCUAGUAGCAAUACUUGAUGGGAAGAUAGUUGGAUGUACCCGUGUGGUAAAGGAUUGUCGGUUGGAAGUCGCGGGUUUGACCCUAAUUGCUGACUUAAUUGUUUUCCAUCUAAUGGGGUUUGAUUUCAUCGUUGGAAUGGAUUGGCUAUCAAAGCAUUAUGCUAAGAUUGAUUGUCGACAAAGGGAGAUAGUCUUUGACUUGCCGUCGAAAGACAGGAUAUGUUAUAUGCGAGAAGUGAUUGGAUCAAUUCCAUCAAUUGUAAUGACUGGACGAGUUAAGAAGAGUACACAAGAUGAGCGGCUGCUUACCUCGCAGUUAUGA